AUGAGAAGACACGGUGCCAUGGGAGGUCACGGUGCCAUGAGAGGUCAGGGUGCCAUGGGAGGUCACAGUGCUAGGGAAGAAGGUCACGGUGCCUUGGAAAAUCAAGGUGGCAUGGGAGGUAACGGUGCUAGGGAAGAAGCUCAUUGUGCCAUGGGAGGUAACGGUGCUAGGGAAGAAGCUCACGGUGCCAUGGGAGGUCACGGUGCCAUGGGAGGUCACGGUGCCAUGGGAGGUCACGAUGCCAGGGAAGGUCACGAUGCCAGGGAAGGUCACGGUGCCAUGGGAGGUCACGGUGCCAUGGGAGGUCACGGUGCCAUAUCUCUAUUACAGUAUAGCAUUGUCACCUACUGGCACUAA